UCCUUCCAUAAAGGAUGCUGCUGUAGAAAAAACCAGUGUCCUGCUGGGAUUAUGACGGUCUGCCUGUCGAUCAUUGACAGAGGAGCUGUGUUGACUUUGUUACAGCAGCAGCAGCAGCAGGAGGAAGUGCUGCUGUGGGUAAAGGGAAGAAAACUGGUCCUGCUCAUCACUCCCUCUCUGGCAGUGUGCUGACCGCCCCACAGGGAGCUGCUGGUUGUUUCCACGGUGAUGAAGCGGCGCCACCCCUGAGGAGUCGUCUCUUCCUCUCUCAGCAGGACUCGCCUGACUCCAUGAUCUAUUUGGCUCACAGGUCCAACGUCCAGCUGCUGGCCCUCUGGCUGGCCCUGAUUGGCUGGACGCUCGCCGCCGUGGCUCCGGGGAUCGUCCAGUGGAGGGUGUGGGAGGUUCCCGACAGCGAGGUGGUGACCUCGGGCGAGGCGUGGGUGGGGGUCUGGAGGGCCUGCUUCCACAGCCACACCGACGUCAGCGAGGGGUUCAGGUCCAUGUACUGCAGGUCCAUCAGCCUGAUGGAAAGCUUCACUCCUCCGGAGAUCGCUGCGGCUCAGGUCCUCACGCUGCUGUCCCUGCUGGUGGGGCUGGGGGGGAACGCUUUCGGGCUUUACGCCAUGAGGAACGCCUAUUUCAGGGUGGGGGAGCUUUCCCUGAUAGUGAGGGGCUUCCUCGCCACCGGGAUGCUGGUCCUGCUGGCGGCGGCGCUGUCGCUGGUUCCGCUCCUCUGGAACCUGACCUCUGUCGUCACCAACCAGUCCAUCACCUUCCCCCCAGAGUUCAAGCUGCCCGCGGCGCCCAGAUCUCAGCGCGUCGGCUGUGGGAUCAGCGUGGGGCUGCUGGGCUCCGCCCUGAUGGUGCUGUCGGGGAUGUUUUUCUGUUCCUACGGGUUCUGCCAGAGGUCCAAACCCAGGAUGGGUCGCCGCGAGGGGAAGGAGAACGGCUCAGAAAGCCAGGAGGCGGUGACCUUCGAAGGGAAGGAUAACCCAGCCUUCCAGCCUCAUGAGCUCCUGGGAACAUAAGGAGCCUGAUAGAGACCAACCAGAAUGACCGCCAGCUGGCGCCACCCUGAGGAUGGAGGUGGAACUCCGUCCAAGCGAAGCUUCAUUUGGCACUAAAACAUCCGGACAUCCUGAACAGAAAAGCUUCUCUAAUUUAAAGAUGGUCGUUUUCUGGUUCAGAGGAAUGUAGAUCUUCUCUCUAGAUUCUUUUAAAUUUCUUCCAGCGUCGCUUCUUUCACAGUUUGUCAAGUUAAACCCAGAAACAUUCUCCUGCCUUCCAGGAAGGAUGGAGGGCUGUAAUGUUAGCAAUCUGAAAAGUGUGGUGUACCUUUACUGUGUGGCCCCUAAAUAAAACGUAUC